AUGAAUUAUAGCCUUAUUACAAAAAAAAAGUUUCAUUUAUAUAAUGUUCCUCACUUCAUUUAUAACAAAAUAAAAAUAAACAAUAUAAAAAAUAAUACUUGUAUUACAAAAAGGACAUAUAAUACAACAAAUGGAGAAUUUAAAAAUGUCCUAAGCCAAAACCUGGACGACAAAAAUAAUCAUAAUUUUUCAAAUAUGAAAUAUAAACCAGUAAAUUCACAACCAAAAAAAAAUUUAAGUGUAUUUGGAUAUAACAGAGGAAAAUUUUUUGUUAGUAUUAAGAAAGAUUUUACUAGCUUUGUCGUAAAUACAUUAAUUAUCUCAGUUUUCUUAUAUUCAGUUUAUACUUUAGCACCUAAUGAAACCAUAUCACAAAGGAGAAAAAGAAUUAUUACGGAAAGGUUGAUGAAAGAAUAUGAGCUAACUGACAAGGAUCUCGAGAUGAUUGAAGAUUAUGAUGAAAUAGUUGAAAAGUAA